UGUGGCGGCGCGCGGACUGCGGUGAGCGCUGGCAGCUUUUGCGUACGCUUGACGUCUCCUCUCUUUUUUCACUCUCUUUCCCGUUUCUCCCUCUAUCUCCAUACCGUCUCCAUCUAUCCUCCAUCAACUCAGACCUCGCGGAAAGAAGGAAAUACACUGUUGGAAUGGAUUAAUAACGAGCAGAUGAGAUGGGCGCGUGAUAGGAAGGAUGGAAUCGUUUCACCUUUUUCUCACAGUCCUCGCGCUUCGGGCCAGUCUCGCCUCCGCAGCAGAUCGAAAAUUCGGCUGCCUGUUUGAGGAGGGUCUGUGUCUGAACUAUGAAGUCUGUCUUAAUGAUGGCAUGUUCGGUCGCUGUGAGGCUGCGCCACUAACAGACGUCUACACGUAUGACGUCACGCCAGCAACGGUACAGAGAUUCCGCACGCUGCUUCAGAAACUGGCACACAGAGGGUUGUCUUGGGAAGAUGACGUCACACAACAAGUUUUAUCGAAGGAGUUCUCAAAACUGCGCAAAGUUUCCCUACCAUUACCAGAGCCCAGGCCACAGGGUUAUGGGACUGCUGUUGGAGACAGGAGAAUGAAAUCAUCCGACGCUGAGGUUAGGAAGACCCUGAAAUACCUGCAGCAGCUGGGACUGCUACCAAAAACAUCACACAAGGGGGUGGAGCUUCAGUAUUAUCGCUCUAGAGAACCACACCCUGAAUCUGACUCCUCCCCGCCUGAGUUCAUUCCAGAGGUGUCCUAUAAAUCCCAGUCCUACCCUGACCUAAGCCGAUACCAGAGUGAUGCAGCACAAGCUCCCAAGCAGGAAGAGGUGUCAGACCUGCUCACAGCCGCUCUUCAGAAGUAUCUUUCCAAGAACAAACCGUCUCAGGCUGAUCUGGGGGACAGAUCCAGAACGGACCGGCUCUACUUAAAAGAUGGAUCAACAAAGUCUUCCGCCAGUGACUCUUUUACACCUGUGGAUGAAACCUUUAUCUGGAAAGUUCUGCGUAAUGUGGGAAGGCACAGUGUGCAUGUGAAGAGUCUGAAGGCAGCAGAACUGGAUAAGCUUGCUGUGCUUAUCGCAGACGCUCUGCAGGUGGAGAAACAGCAGGCAGGUCAAGGAGAAACGCCUAGAGACCUGGCGACACAGCAGAGUUCUGAGGAUGAGGCAGAAGACAUGCAAUAUGACGACCAGCAUCCUGAGAGUUAUGCAAUGGAUCAAACCCCUGAAGACAGUGCUCAGAAUCAGAGGGAAGAGGAUGAGGAAAAUUCAUCUGUCACUCAAAAGGCAGUCCAAACCAUUCUGCCUGUGACAGAGGGACAGACAGUAGUUGAGGUGAAGAGGACUAUGGACAACAAGCAGGAUGUGGGCUUUUUAGGAAAGCUGCUGGAGUACCUGGAUAAAACCUCCAGCUCAGAACCAGAGCCUGUUGAUAAGGGACAGGGCGUGUCUGUGGAGACAGUUCGUAGCCGAACGACACACAGUGAGGUGGGGAUGCAGAAAAAGGCCAUAGAGAGAGUGGAGGAGGUAGAAGGCUGGGUCCAUGCAGCAGCUAUAGCGCCCUCCUCUGGGCUGAAGGACAACCCUGCACCACACCGCAAGAACAUGAAAGUACAGGAUCUUCAGCUGGAUGUCCAAAGCAACCCUAAAAAUGACGUCUAUGGAUACAUUAUUACUGAUACAGAGAAUCUUCCCACUGAUAAGGGUUUGUAUCUGAUGGAGAUGGUGGCUCGUAAAUCGAAGAUUCAAAUGACGGAUUUCUCAGAGCUCUCUGUUGUUAGCCCAGCUGUGACAUUUCAGGUCCGUCCAAAUCCUCAGAACAUCACUACAGUGGAUGUGGCUAAUAUGGCAGUCAGUCGGAAGGAUGAAUUAGAGAAAGAAGUGAAAGUCAAGAUUGUAGAGGCUGGAGUCACUGAUAGGAGCAAACUGAAUCAGAUUCCCACUAAGUACAGUCGCUCUGAGUCUCUGAAGUUUCUGAUUCUGACUGUGAUUUCCAUCAUCUGUAUAACUGGAGUGUUGCUGGCAUCCAGCGUGAUCUACUGUCUGCGUCACCGCUCUCAUCACAAACUCAAAGAGAAGCUCACCAACCUUGGAUCUGACCCUACCACUGACGCCACUGCUACCUACCAGGAACUGUGUAGGCAGCGAAUGGCAGUAAAACCUCCUGUAGAGAAGUUGGAUCCUAUUCACUCUUCUGGUAUAAAUAGUGUGUCAUCUCAGCUGAGUGACGGCCCAUUGCCAAGCCCCUCUGCACACACUAGCACCUCCUCCUGGUGCGAAGAGCCUGCCCACUCCAACAUGGACAUCUCUACUGGUCACAUGAUACUGGCAUAUAUGGAGGACCACCUGAAAAAUAAGAAUCGUUUGGAGUCGGAGUGGGAGGCUCUGUGUGCAUACCAGGCUGAGCCCAGUGCCACCACCAUCGGCCAGAGAGACGGCAACGUCAAGAAAAACCGUGCAAGCACAGUCAUAGCCUAUGAUCAUUGCAGAAUAACUCUGAAGUUGGAGAACAAUCAAGGCAACUCGGACUACAUCAAUGCCAGCCCAAUCAUGGAUCAUGACCCUCGUAAUCCUGCAUACAUCGCCACUCAGGGCCCGCUGCCCUCCACCGUAGCUGACUUCUGGCAGAUGGUCUGGGAGAGCGGGUGUGUGGUGAUUGUCAUGUUGACUCCUCUCACUGAGAACGGUGUGAAGCAGUGUUACCACUAUUGGCCCGAUGAAGGCUCCAACCUCUACCACAUUUAUGAGGUUAAUCUGGUUUCUGAGCAUGUGUGGUGUGAUGAUUUCCUGGUUCGGAGUUUUUACCUGAAGAACAUGCAGACUAACGAGACCCGUACGGUCACGCAGUUCCACUAUCACACCUGGCUGAACGACCAAACGCCCGAAACCAGCCAAACUCUGCUUGACUUCCGCAGGAAAGUAAACAAAUGCUACCGUGGAAGAUCCUGCCCUGUCAUUGUUCACUGCAGUGACGGUGCUGGACGGACUGGGACGUACAUUUUGAUUGACAUGGUGUUGAAUAAAAUGGCCAAAGGUGCAAAAGAGAUUGAUAUUGCUGCUACACUGGAACACCUGAGAGACCAGAGACCCGGCAUGGUUCAGACCAAGGAUCAGUUUGCGUUUGCACUGACGACUGUAGCUGAAGAGGUGAACGCUAUUCUCAAAGUCCUGCCACAGUGAUACUUCCUUUCUUCCUACCUUUCGCUUUCUCCCUCUCGGUUGUAUAUAAACUGAACCCAUUUCUGAGAAGAUAUAUGUCCUAUAGAAACUAUUUUGUCUGUAAAUGAUUGGACUAUAUUUAAUAGUAAUUAGGAAUUGGUAUUGAUUUAGUUCCGUGUAAUUAUAAAAGCAAAUUCAUUUUAUUUUUCUCCGUGUCAUUGUUCCAGAUUUUAAUUACUCUCUCAUCAUUGCUAUUUAUUUUGCAUAUCGCACAGAAAACUGGCCAGAUCUGUUCUAAAUAUAUAGUUAAUUGGACCUUAAUUUAUUAAACCAAUCUGUAUGUGCUUCGUUAUUUAAGAUUUAGAAUUGUGUUCUAUAGGUUGUGCCAACUACUGUUUAUCUGAUCAUUAGAGACUCGUACAAAGCCAAAACAUCUUGCAUGGAGACAAUUGCUGCCUUUCCAAGCCAAGGAAACGCUCACUAAAUCAUGAUGUUUACCUUGACUUGAACCUUUAUUAUAAGACUAAAACUCUUGGGAAGUACUACCACUUCCAUUUGAUGUUAAAAUGUAAUCUGUGCACACAAAAAGUGUGGAUAGCAAGUAGAAAUGCAUGCAAGACUUGUGCAGCUGGCUUUAUGAACUCACAGCAAAUUUCUGCAUAGAAAAUGUAAACAAAUAAAGACUAAAUUGUUAGUGUGAUUCUGGCAAAUUACAAAUACAGUGUCUGAUCUCCAUGCUGUUAUCAAGAAGUUUCAUGAGUAAAAGGAGGUUUUCAGAUCAAUAAACAUCCACAAGAGCAAUAAACAUUCACUCACUUUAAUAAGAAGCAUCAAAGCAAAUAAGGGAAUGAGGUUCUGCAUAUCCUGAUGCUCUAUGUGGGUAUCAAUUCAUCUCUUAAUACAGAUAUUAAUGUGGCCUGACCCCAAAAGC